AUGGGCAUGAAAGCACGCUGCCAAUGUGCCAAAAUCGAAUUUGAAACCUCAACAGACAAACCACUAGGUCUAUACGUCUGUCACUGCACGGAAUGCCAACACCAGAGUGCCUCCGCGCACGGCAUCACUGCCAUCUUUCCUUACUUUGAUCUCCCCUCAUCCGCCGCCGACCUCGUGGGAGUAUGGACUCGCCCAACGCUGAAGGGCCGAGUGAUGGAGUGUGUAUUCUGCAAGAACUGUGGUGUUCGGCUUUUCCACCGCUUUCAGGAUUCGAUGCCGGCGCCAGGCGAGAAGCCCGGUCCUACCGCGACGACGAAUGUUAAGGGUGGGUGUUUGGUGGGGCUGGAUAAGGAGAUGAUGAGGAGUGCUGUGCAUGUUUGGACGCAGCAUGCGAUUGUUGAUAUUCCGGAGGGAGUAGAGAGUUAUGCGACGGAGCCGCCGCGACCGACUCAAGCGCAGUCGAAGAGUUGA